AUGGUCGGAGCAAAACCUAUAGAGAGCGGAUCUGACGGUGGAGCAAGCACUGGUCUUCUCCACGGACGUUACGAGCUAGGCCGUCUUCUAGGCCACGGGACAUUCGCUAAAGUAUACCACGCGCGUAACGUAACAACGGGUAAAAGCGUGGCGAUGAAAGUCGUCGGAAAAGAGAAGGUGGUGAAGGUCGGCAUGGUGGACCAGAUCAAGCGCGAGAUCUCGGUGAUGAGGAUGGUGAAGCAUCCCAACAUCGUCGAGCUCCACGAGGUGAUGGCUAGCAAAACCAAGAUCUACUUCGCCAUGGAGCUCGUGCGAGGCGGGGAGCUGUUCGCCAAAGUCGCCAAAGGGAGGCUGCGCGAGGACGUGGCGCGCGUGUACUUUCAGCAGCUGAUCUCCGCCGUCGAUUUUUGCCACAGCCGCGGGGUUUACCACCGAGAUCUCAAGCCGGAGAAUCUCUUGCUUGACGAAGAAGGCAACCUCAAGGUCACCGACUUUGGUCUCUCUGCUUUCACCGAGCAUUUGAAGCAAGACGGGCUUCUCCACACCACUUGUGGAACUCCGGCGUACGUCGCGCCGGAGGUUAUACUGAAGAAAGGAUAUGACGGAGCGAAGGCGGAUCUUUGGUCUUGCGGCGUUAUCCUCUUCGUGCUCCUCGCGGGUUACUUGCCGUUUCAGGAUGAUAAUCUUGUCAACAUGUAUAGGAAGAUCUACAGAGGAGACUUCAAGUGCCCUGGGUGGCUCUCCUCCGAUGCGAGGAGGCUCGUGACGAAGCUUCUGGAUCCGAAUCCGAAUACCCGGAUCACUAUCGAUAAGGUGAUGGAUUCACACUGGUUCAAGAAGUCCUCAACGAGAUCAAGAAACGAGCCAGUGGCCGCAACACCAGAGGCUGAGGAGGAUGUUGAUGUGUCCGUGCACAAGUCCAAGGAAGAGACGGAGACGCUAAACGCGUUUCACAUCAUCGCGUUGUCUGAAGGGUUUGAUCUCUCGCCGUUGUUCGAGGAGAAGAAGAAAGAGGAGAAGAUGGAGAUGAGGUUCGCGACUUCUAGGCCGGCGAGUAGUGUGAUAUCGAGCCUUGAGGAGGCGGCGAAGGUUGGGAAUAAGUUUGAUGUGAGGAAGAGCGAGUGUAGAGUGAGGAUCGAAGGGAAACAGAAUGGCCGGAAAGGGAAGUUGGCGGUGGAGGCGGAGAUAUUCGCGGUGGCUCCGUCGUUUGUUGUCGUGGAGGUGAAGAAAGAUCAUGGGGACACGCUUGAGUACAAUAACUUUUGUAGUACGGCUCUUAGACCAGCUCUCAAGGACAUCUUCUGGACUUCUACUACACCUGCUUGA